GGCGAAUGAUCGUAGACAAGGCCUUUUUACAACUUAGCAGUGGUGCUGGGGCCUGCCUCCGUGUGAUGAAGAAUGGACACCAGUGACCUAUUCUUUGGAUGCAGAACUGGUGACCUCUCAAAAGUGAAGUACCUGGUGGAUGUCAAGGAAGUAGAUGUAAACACAAGAGAUAAAUGGGACAGCACACCUCUCUACUACGCCUGCCUGUGCGGCCACAUUGACCUGGCGGAGUACCUGCUGGAGGCGGGCGCGCGCUGCGAGGCCAACACGUUCGACGGCGAGCGGUGCCUGUACGGCGCGCUGACGGACGACAUCCGGCGCCUGCUGCUGCGCCGCCAUGCCGUCACACGGCAGACCAUCCGGCGGGACAUGUACCAGGAGUUCCUGCGUAGGAUCCUGGAGACGCACCAGUUCAGCGACAUCACGUUCGCGGUGCACGGCGAGGCGUUCCCGGCGCACCGGUGCGUGCUGGCGGCGCGCUCCGAGUACUUCUGCGACAUGCUGGAGUCCAAGUGGCGCGACCGGGCCACCGUGACGCUCAACAACGACCUGGUCAGCGGGCGACGGUCGGCCGCGGCCGCCGGAGGACGAGACGACGGGAAGCGCCGAGGGGACGCCUUGUGUUGCGUCCCUCACGUGGACAUCGGGUGCGGCCGGCGGCGUUCGCCAGUCCUGCUGCAGUACCUGUACACGGCGCGGCUGGAGACGGCCGUCCAGGAUGUGGACGACUGCCUGCUGCUGGCCGCCCAGUGUCGGCUGCCCACGCUGCGGCACCAGCUGCAGCAGCAGCUGGCCAAAGUCGACGAGUUCGUGAGCGGCAAGCCCGGCACACGAGUGACCCAGCUGGUGCUGGAGCCGGAGGACGGACUGGCCGAGCUGGCGCAGGACCUAGGCGUCAUGGCCGAGCAGGCGGUGCCGCCGGCCCUCUGCAGCUGGGCCGUCGGCACCGAGCUGCCCCUCAUGCCCAAGGUGCCGCCGCGCUAUGCCGACGUUGUGUUCCUCGUCGAGGAGCACCGGUUUCCGGCCCACAAGGCUUUCUUCUGCGGUCGGAGUGAGUACUUCCGCGCGCUCCUGCGGGACCCGUUCAGCGAGUCGGGCCGGGACUGCGGCGCGCCGCUCAUCACGCUGCGUGGCAUGGCGGCGCCCGUGUUCGUCAGCAUGGUGCACUACGUCUACCAGAACACGGCCACGCUGACAGAGUCCUCGGUGCUGGACGUGCUGUACGCGGCCGACAUGUGUCUGCUGCCUGGCCUGAAGCGGCUCUGCGGCAACUACCUGAUGGGCCUGCUGGACCAGGAGAACGUGCUGCCCGUGCUGAAGACGGCGCGCCUGUUCCAGCUGCCCAAGCUGGAGGACGCGUGCACACAGUACAUAGCAGAGAACUUGGACCAGAUGGUCGAGAGCGAAGACUUCCAGGCGCUGGUGUCUGAGGACGCGCGCGCCGUGCUGGCGCGCCAGCUGACCGACUCGAUCGGCGUGGUGGACGACGUACGCUACCACAUCACCAGCGCCGUGCAGACCUUCUCCGACAUGACCGAGGCGAGCGAGAAGCUGCGACUCAUAGACGACCUGCUCGAUCGGCUCGGCCUCAACGCCUGAGGCGGCGGUGCGCGCGCUCCUGCCGGGGCCGUGCGAGCUCCGCGUCGGUGUCCUGCUGACCGCAGCCGGCGCCGACACUCCGGUACAAACGGCGGCGAGCGUGGGGCGUGACCGGGACACGGCGACUGCCAAAGGCGAUGCAAGCAGGGCCAGUCGCAGGGUUCGUUGUUGCGGUGAAGGCUCAGAGUGCUAGCUCGCUUGCUUGUUAUGUUUUAUUGCUUGAUGCAUGGGCGGCUGAUAAGCCCGGGGUAUUUAUUUUCUCGUUCAUGAAAUCAGUCGUAAGUUGGUAGUGUUAUUUGUUGACCAAUUGUCCUGUUCUGGGACGUGCAUGCAUCAAUAUGGAUAAAUUACUUAACAUCCACGCAUGUCGGAUUAUUUUGUUUUUGUUUUAGUCUCGAUGUGAGAGUGUGCACGGCAUUUAUGAGGCCUGCGCCUCCGAUGUCAGAGCUCCUGCGAGUGUAAGGUGCGACUGUCGCGCGCGUUUGACUUAUCUGGUAUGGCUGUAUCGUUACUGCCCGUUUGAUGUAGGGAGACAGGAUGCAGGGGUCGGUGCAGUGGUACUGGAGCGAUACGACCAACCGACAUAGACUCAGUGUGUCAGCCUCUAUCGUGGCGGUGUUACCGUGUCUUGGCAGUGUCCCAAUACAUCGGACUUUUACCUCG